AUGGAUGAGGUGCACAGCCCGGGCGAGAUUGCUUCCUUAGUCCGGCUGGCGGAGCACCUGGAAGGUGCCUAUGAGAAGGAUGACUCUCCGGAGCUUGCGGAAGCCAUGGACUUUUUCAUUGAGGCGCACUCCCAGCGCUACGUUUUCCGGGACACACGCUAUGGGGCCAUGGAUCGCUACGUCCAGCUUUUUCGGCGCUUGCAAGAGGAGCUUCGGCAGAUCAUGUGUUCGAAUCACAAGGAGAAGAAGGGGAGGGUGUUUACUUUGAGGAUACUGCAGUGCUUGCGGUUGCUCACGCGUGAUCCCGACUUCCAGCUUGCGCUACUUGAAAAAGGGUGGAAGAAGUCGGCUUUCGAGGAGACGGAGCUUCCGUUGCAAAGCACACAAGAGCGUGGCCGUGAGCUGCCGACGCCGGUGCCACCAGCCUGCUACCGGGUGAUGGCACCAGAUCUUCCGGGGCUGCCGCCACCGAGCCUGCGUUCAGGAGCCUGUGCAUCUCCUCGAACCAUGUGGAGGAGCCCUGAGCCCAUGAAGAGGUCUCCCUCUGCGGAAGUGCUGGAAGAGGUCGCGUGCAGAGGGCCGGCCUACUUGGCAGAUGCCCAAGCUGAGCGUGAGCGUUUCCGGCUUCCUCCACUGGAAAUGAGGAGCUGUGAGAGAAGCCAACAGUCCGUAUACGCCCUUUCCAGCAGCCGUGCGCCAGAAGUGCUGAGGAUUUUGCCGGAGCUUGUGUCGGAAUACCUUGCAGAGGUAGAAGGUGGCUUUGGGCAAGGACUACAGUUCUACGAAGCCUCUACCGGAGGGAUCGCCAACAGGCUUGCCGUCACGGUGGCUGGCCUCUGCGUCUCUGAAAUCGCGGGCAUGCUCAAUCGCUAUGCGAGCACGGAGGACAGGCGGAGCCGACUGGCAGAGAUGGGUGCCCUGCCGUCCAUGGCCAGGCUCCUGCACAGAGACUGUCAUCCCCUUGUUCAGAGGUGCGCUCUGGAGACAGCCGUGCAGCUGACCAGGAGCCCAGGAGUCCUGGAGCAGCUGGAGCAAGCAUCCGCGCAGGAGAGCUUCAAGGCUCUGCCUCAGCUGGACGGCGCUGAUACGAGUGGCAAGUUUUCGUCAUUUAUUCAACACGGCUUGCAGCUGUUGCUGUCCUCCGAGUGGUCUUUGAAGCAACUGGCUGCCCAACUUCUGGACCAGCUCCUCCGCACUGUUGGCGGCCGGCAGCGAUUUCGCAGGCUUCAGGCGCUGCCCCUGGUCUUGAACCAACUCAGAGUUUACUCGGACCUCUCGGGAGGUGUUGAUCAGGGGCAGGCUUGCACGUGGCUUCACUUGCUGAUGUGCUGCAAGAACCUUGCCCGCGACCAUGUGGAGAGCGGGGAUCAGUGGGCAGUCCAGGAGUUGCUGGAGCACAAUGCUUUGGCCGUCAUCCUACGACUUGUCAGGGUGUGCUACAAGUCCCACGAUGCUAACCUGAGGGUUGUCCUGGCGGCCUUGGAUGCGAUCACUCAGAUGUGCAUGGAUGACGAGUGCGCACUAAAGUUGCGGCUCCAAGCUGACGGCUUCGUUGCUCUCGGAGCGCUGAUGCUCGAGCUCUCACCCAGUUUGGGACCCCUUCCGCUUAUGGAAGAUGAUGUCGAAGGAAGCUUCGAAUGUCAGGCGAGGGAUGUGCAGCGGGCGGCUGCCAGGUUGCUACGGUUCCUGUUCGCCGUGGAGCGGAAUCGCAAGGCUUUUAAGCACAUCUUUGCCGUUGAGAAGCUCCUUGUGCGCUUUGUCGACAUCGGCAACUAUGUUUGGCCUCUGGAGGCAUACGACAGCUUUUUGGAAGUGUUGAACGGCUUGACAGAGAAAGAGUUAACGUUCCUGCACACCCGCUUCGGCAGGUACAGAGAUUACUACAGCAAGGGCAGAGACAUGCCCACUCUUGCAGUGCCUCAGCCAAAGACUGCUGACGGCACGAAUUCACCACCUGGUUUCCGUGAAGGCACACGAGAUGAGUGGGACUGCGAGCGAGUCAUCGCUGGUUAUGAGCUCGUGGAGUGUGUUGGCUCUGGUGCUUUUGGCCGUGUCCACUUAGCACGCCGGGCUGACAUGCCAGGCGACUUCGCCGUGAAGGAGAUCCCUCUUUCAGAAGUCACGGUCUUGCCUAAUCCGGCGCAGCAUGAAUGCACGCCCAAAGCUCAUAGCCCUCAGCAUGCUCCCCAGGAAGUCGUUGCGGAGGACAUUAACUUGGAAGUGCAUCUGCUCCGACAGCUGGAUCACCCAAACGUGGUGCGGUAUUUCACCUCCUUCAUAACUGGUGCUGGCCCCGCAAGCACCCUUUGGAUCGUGAUGGAGUUCUGCAGCGGGGCGCCGCUUCAGGCCUUGACGGCUUCUGCCAAAGAGAAAGGCUUGCAGAAGCUUCCAGAGCAGCAAGCGUGGCGGAUUUUUGUACAGAUUUGUUUGGCGCUUCGCUAUCUGCAUAUCGACAAGCGGAUUGCCCAUCGCGACCUUUCUCCCAACAACGUCCUGGUGCAGUCGCACUCGCUGGCAGUGAAAGUUACUGACUUCGGACUCGCGCGUCAGAAAGGCGGCGCCGCCUCCCUGAUGAAGUCCAUGGUGGGUACAAUUCUGUACUGCAGCCCAGAGAUCGUGCAGCACAGACCAUACACGAACAAAGUUGACGUGUGGGCUCUGGGUUGCCUUUUAUACCGUAUGGCAACUCUUCGAGAUCCUUUCACAGGAGGCAAUCCGAUUAGUGUGGCGCGGAAGAUCGUGGAAUGCGAUUACGAGCGCCUUGGAUCUGAGCACUCGCAGCUCAUGCAGGUUACUUGCGAGGAGUGCCUCGCAGUCGACCCUGAGAAGCGCCCCGGAAUCGAAGAGGUGUGUCAGCUGAUUACGCCCGCCUUCAUGCAGCAGCUGGAGGCUGUGCAACGAAACAUGACUUCGUACUGGGGCAGUGACAUGCAAACUAUGCAGGGCAGCCAUUACACGGGCACUUCUGUGUGGGAAGAUGGGAGUGUGCAGGGUCGCUGCACGCCCACAGAAUCCCCAUCACCCCGAACGCCGAGUGAGCUGUCCUGUCCGACGCCCGGGCCAGGUGGUAAAAACCUCGUGCGGGUGCCGAGACGGGCCUUGCGUACCGUGACGGAUCCUGCUCAAAAGGCCAUGGCGGUCGUACAUCGCUUGGCCUUCUUGGGCCACUUGCCGGGCUGCGACGAUUCGCAAGACUCGCAUCAUUGGGCAGUUUGCCGGUACCAAGAGUGGCUUUUUUCCAGCCCAAGUCAUGCAGCUAUCCUCAAGCGUGAGGUUACCAGGCUGAUGCAGAGAUCUGCGGACCUCGUGGAGUGUCGUGACACUUUCGGGCAGCCACCUCUGCGUGGAAGUGCGGGUGCAGACGUGGCCACCCUGGCUCUGAGCUAUGAGCAACUCUACCAGUACGUUAUCCGAGUGUCUUCCUUCUAUGGAUACUCCUGUGUUCCAGAAACAGGACCACCCUUGUCCUCAAUGCCGAGCGUCGGGAGCCACAACAGCGCCAGCUGA